AUGGGUCGACUGAGGGACCGUUUCUGGAAAAGUCUGUCCCGAAAGCCGUCCCCAAGUCCAUCCGGAAGGCCGUCCCCGAAGCCAUCAGUUUCACAUGUAACCGUUGUAUCUUCGGACGGCGGGCAGCCGGCCCGGGGAUCCACGGCGGAGAACGGCAUCACUCAGGGCGGUCCGGGCAACCAGCCAGCGGGGGAGAGCCGCCGCGAGGGGGGGAGCCUCCGCGAAGGGGACAGCCGCCGCGACGGGGAUGAGCAACAUGGGCGUCGUGAAACCCCGACAAGGCCGGUCCGCCCACUCCCGGGUUCGGAACCGGUCGUGUCUGGGCCAGCAUAUCGCCGGGCGUGGGAGGCGUUGGAUGAGAAACAAAAACAGCAGUUGGCUCCAGGAUCCAACCUUAUGGUUCAGUUUCAGCAAAUGCUAGAAAAGGACAAGCAGCAGCGGGAGAAUUCGGUCAUCCUGAAGGGCCUCCAUGUUGCCGGGCCGUAUCUGAAGAACGUUGUGGGCAUCAUCGACUGGGCCAGCCCGUUUACCGGGAUGGAUCCCACAGCGGGCACUGCGGUCGGGAUCGUGAAGAGUAUUGCCGUGGCCGCCAGCGGUGUCUGUGAUAAGGUCCCUGAGUACAUGGAACGUCUAGUGGCGUUCGUCCCAGCCAUGGGACGUUGCGACAAGCUGAAUGCCGUUUCCUCCGAUGUUGAAACCGUCUUAACCAAUAUGUACAAAGCACUGUUAUCCUGUUACCUCGAGGGCGUCAAGGUGGUCACUGGGUCCAGGAACGGGUUCCUAGUCGUGGCGCGGAUGCUCAACGCCGAGUUUGAAUCUCAUAUAACGGAGUUCCAACGCCACGCGGAUACUCUCGACCUCAUCCUGCAGAUCGACCUGUACUCGGCGGUCAAAGGGAUCGAGGUAAACCAAUUAUCACAGCUCGGCAAUGACUACUAUACGCCCUCGACGGAGUUGCAUGGCAGCUACUCGGACGAAGCAUGCUCGUGGAUCCGAUCAGAACCGGCGUUUCAGGGCUGGGCUUCGCGCUUCGCCACAUCGGACGACACUGUGUCCCUUGAGGGGGGCCGAUCCCCGUCACCCCGUGCAUUGCUCGUCGUGGGUGGUAUGGGUUGCGGCAAAAGUGUGGUAUCGGCGUACGUCAGCCAGGUGUUAUCACAGGAGGCGGGGACCAGUAUCUGCCGGCACUUUUGUCGGUACGGAAGCCCUGAGGCCGAGCUCACCACCAUCUUGCGGAGCUUGUUGUCGCAGCUGCUGGAGAAGGAACCAACGCUGAAGUAUCGGUUUUUUCAAUGGUACCAGAAUCAGGGGUCUCGCGGCGCAGCGUUGAUGCAGAAUAAUAGGAGCCUGAAGGAAUUCCUGGCGAUCGCGAUCCGUGCGUCGCCCAGCCGCGUGGUCCUGGUGAUUGAUGGCCUCGACGAGUGCACGUACGCCAACCAGUACGAGCUGUUGGAAUUCUUGAAGGGUAUGCUCGACGGGGAACGAGAACGCGAGGGGCAAGGAGAACAGGAGGAAGCGGGGAAGAGCCGUAUCGGAGUGUUCCUCAGUGCACGGCCCGAGUCCAGCGGCGCCGAGCUGCUGGGCAGCUUGGGACUCGGGGCGGCAACAAUCGCGUUCCGACCGUCAGUGGAGCGGGAUCGGGCGGUUGCGGAAUAUCUCGUGUCACGGAGCGACAUGCCGCCCGAGCUAGGCCGAGAGGUCAUAUCCGUGGUUUCCGAGCUUGCCCAGGGGUCCGCUAUCUGGCUUCGCAUCGCGGUGGCCUAUCUGCAGGAAGCCGGAACCACUGUGUCGGGGGUGCGUGACGCCCUCCAGGAGCUUCUCGACGGGACCCGGGGCCUCACCGAUCUGUACGCCGGCCUGUUCGCGCAGGCCCACAGGGGCGUGAAGGUCAAUCGCUUAAGGCUCCAGGCUGCGCUGGAGAUCCUGGCGGUCGCGAAACGGGCUCUCAACAUCUCAGAACUCGCUGCGGCCGUGACGCUCCGCCUUGCCACCGGCGGCGAACAUGGCAGCUCGGUCGCGGUGACCGGCAUGGAGGGGCUCCUCAAACAGUCCGACCGCCAUGCGACGGUGCUGGCCCGGCUGAUCCAGCCGUUUGUCACGGCCGUGCAGCCAACACCAAAGCCGGGUGCUAUCGUCACAGGUAGCCCUAAUAACUUCAACAAAACCGCCGAUGCGGUACGCUUCCGUCUCGUGCACCAGUCUCUCCGAGAACUCCUCUUCUUGGAGGCCCCUGAACGGUGGUCGUCAUCCCUCGACCCGCUGGGCUCCAGCAUCAGCCCGUCAUGGCAGGUACGGCAUCAGCGGCCCUCGACCCUACGAGCCAGCCUCCUCGAUAUUUGCAUUCGGUACCUACUUCUGGACAACUGCGGUGCCAUAGAUCUCGCUGCGAAGGCCCGAGCCGAGGAAGUUACCCCUGGCCUACUCCACCUCGGAGGUGACUUGUUCGACGACGGCCCGGACGAUGAGGAGGAAGACACCAGUUCAGACUCCGGGGCUGGGCCCAUACGGACGUUCGAUCCGAACGGGCUGGGGCUCGGCCCGCUUUUUGCCUAUGCGGCGUGCCUCUGGACCAGCCACUUCGCCGAUCUGGGGGCAGACGACGCAGACGCGGCAAAGACGCCAAACACAUCGCCCGCGAUAACCGCGGCAGAGAGAGGUCCUCGACCUGACCCGCGAGCUUUGAUGGCCCUGUGCCGUCCGGAGUCGCUUCGGCUCCGUAACUGGGUCUUCCAGUGGAACCGUCCCGGCUGCACGGUGCAGCAGGAUCCGUCACGGGUGCCUCUCGUCGACACCCUCGACGCGCUCUCCCUGGCCGUCUUGUUUGGGCCCCCAGCUUCCGCCCUGGAUCUGUUGCAAGAUGACGCAUCCUGGUCGUCUUCACCGUUGUCCUCGCCGUCAUUGUCGUCGUCAUCGCCGGCGUCAUCCAUACCAUCACCGCUAACCCCAUCGUCCUUCCUUGGGCCCCCGGACUUCAACGAGGACACGCUCUGGGACGCACUCAUCAAAAUCACAGCUGACAACAAGCCGGCGCUCCUGCUCAACUUCCUCCACAAUCCCCGGGUCGCGGCCCAAACUGUCGCCGACUGGGACGCCGUCUUCUCGCUCACCGUCCAGCAGCAGCGCGCCGUCUUGCUGCGGUCGGGUAACGCCAUACUCUGCGACGCGGCCCACCACGGCUGUCUGCCGCUCAUCCGGGUGCUCUUCCGCGCGGCUGCCCAGGACCCAGCCCUGAAGACGGCCCUCCUCGCGAUUCCGACCCCUGGAUCCACACUUCCCCGUGGGUAUUUCAUUGAGCACCAGUCCAUCGGCCUCGCCGCCUGGGAAGGCCACACCGACGUAGUCCAGUUCCUCCUCAACCUGCAACCUGCAACCACACCACACUUGUACCAUCGCAACUCCCGGCACGCGACCGUCUUCCACCAGUGGGCGCGCAAGGGAUGCGGCGCGCUGGACCUCCUGCGCGUACUCCACCGCGCCUGGCCCGAGGGCCUGAACCUACGCAACGACGAAGGUGAUACCCCCAUUGUAGUAGCCCUCUUCAACUCGAUGGGCGACGCCGAGGCCGACCUCAUCGAUACCUUGCGCGCUCUGCAGCGCGAGUUUGGGCUCGACUUGAGCGGCCGUGUGGAUGACCGGGAAAAGGACCAGCAUGUGUUCUUUGACACACCGCUUCUGAUCGCGGCUCGUCGGGGCCAGGCAAAGUUGUGCCGUUUCUUGGUUACUCAAUGCUCUGCCGAUUUGGCCUCCGUGGUCGGCCGCGACCCGGUUACUAAGAAGCCACGGCUUUUGGUCAAUGCGGCUAUGCCGGGUGAUCAACGCGCGCUUGAUGAGGGGCUUUUGAAGGCUCUGGGACCGUUGUUGGGCUGA